GAGCUGGGCUACGACCGGAUGCCCCCACUGGAGCGCGGGCGGCCGGAUGCGGGGAGCUACGCCCCGGACACCAAGCCCAGUGACCUUCAGCUGUCUUCCAGGCUGCCCCCGUGCUUCAGCCGCAAGACGUGGGUCUUCUCCGUGCUGAUGGGGAGCUGCCUGAUUGUGACCUCGGGGUUUUCCCUCUACCUGGGAAACGUGUUUCCUUUGGAGAUGGAUUACCUACGCUGUGCUGCAGGUUCAUGUAUCCCCUCAGCCAUAGUGAGCUUUGCUGUCUGGAGGAGAAACGCCAGCGCGAUUCCCAACUUCCAGAUACUGUUUGUGUCCACGUUUGCUGUCACCACGACGUGUUUGAUCUGGUUUGGAUGCAAACUUGUCCUGAACCCGUCAGCAGUAGAUAUCAAUUUCAACCUGAUUCUGCUGCUUCUGCUGGAGCUUUUCAUGGCGGCCACGGUGAUCAUAUCUGCGAGGUCCGGCGAGGCGCACUGCAAGCAGAAGGCCUCCAUCUCUGAGAGCACCAACGUUGUGUAUGAAGUGACAUUUCCCGCUCGGGUCCUGAAAUCCUAUUCCGUCAUCGAGGUGAUCGCCGGUGUCUCCGCCAUCCUUGGAGGGGUCAUCGCUCUGAACGUGGAUGACGCCAUCUCAGGCCCGCACCUUUCGGUGACGUUCUUUUGGAUCUUAGUGGCCUGUUUUCCAAGUGCCAUUGUCAGUCACGUGACAGCAGAGUGUCCCAGCAGAUCUCUGGUGGAGGUGCUGAUAGCCAUCUGCAGCCUCGCGGCCCCGCUGCUGUUCACAGCCUCGGGGUACCUGUCCUUCAGCGUAAUGAGAAUCAUGGCUGUCUUCAAAGAUUACCCGCCAGCCUUCAAGCCCCACGACGCUCUCGCGCCGCUGCUGCUGCUGGAGCUGCUGCUGCAGGCGGGCCUCAACACGGCCACGGUCCUCCAGUGCGUGCGCUUCAAGGCGGGCGCGUCCUGGGACGCCGCACGGCCCGGCCCGCAGGGGCGCCCGGCGGGAGAGGUGGCCAGAAGCCCCCUGAAGGAGUUUGACAAGGAGAAGGCGUGGAGAGCCGUCAUGGUGCAAAUGGCCCAGUGA